AUGCAAACAAACACAUCUUCCAGUGCUCUAAACGCAUCCCAAACCAGUGUUAAACUGCAGCCACUUUUGGCAAAAAAGUCCAGUCCCUCAUCAGUAAUGAGCGGACAAAUGUCUCCCACAACUUCCAUGUCAUCAUCAAUGGGUUCUCCAGAACUUCUUCGCUGUAAACGAAGAAUAAACUUCGGAGGUCUGGGAUAUGCCAUCCCUCAGACACAACCGGCAACUGUCGCGCGAAGGAACGAAAGGGAGAGAAAUCGUGUGAAGAUGGUUAACAUGGGAUUCGCGACACUCAGACAACACGUGCCAAACGGUGUCAAAAACAAGAAGAUGAGUAAAGUGGAGACAUUGCGCUCUGCCGUCGAGUAUAUCCGAGAAUUGAGAGAACUUUUGGGCGAAUCCGACGAUAUGAGUGUCGAAAACCACUGUUCAGAAAACUUACAACAAUUGCUAGCGAGCGAUGAGAACUGGAACCCGAGUCCAUCGGUUUUAUCGACGUCUGCAACUCUAUCCUCUCCGACAUCAAUGAGCUAUACAUGCAAUUCAAGCGCUAAUUCAUCGAUGCCUAUGAGAAAAGCGCCGAACUCUCCCUCCUCGCCAAAUAUGACGACCUCUCCCUCGCCGAGUAUGGGCUCCGAUGCUUCGUCUCCUUACGACUCAUUAGAUAGUAUGGAGAGACAAGUUUCGCCCGAAGAAGAGGAACUUUUUGAUUUCACCAAUUGGUUCUCCUAA